UGACAACAAUUAGAAGAGGGCAGAUAGCAAAGGGAUAAUGUGGAUUUCAAGCAUGGCUUAUUCAUCUCUGCCCAAACCAUCAUAUUAUUAUCAUAAUUUCCAUUAUCACCACCGAACAUGCUUCAACAUCAAUCUCCCAAAAUGGACAACUAGAGCUUCCUCUGCUGCCCCAGGUGUAGACCUCAACUCUCUCCAAUCUGCCAUUACCAAGAAAGACAGUAAUGCUGUUAAAGUGGCCCUUGAUCAGCUAAGUGAAGUUGGUUGGGCAAAGAAAUGGAGUUCUCAACCAUAUGUUUCACGUCGUACGACAUCACUUCGGGAGCUGACAACUCUAGGAAUUAAGAACGCAGAGAACCUUGCAAUCCCUAGUGUCAGAAAUGAUGCAGCUUUUCUUUUUACUGUGGUAGGAACAACUGGAUUUUUGGCUGUUCUGGCUGGCCAGCUUCCUGGGGAUUGGGGGUUCUUUGUACCAUACUUGGUUGGGAGUAUUUCCUUAGUGGUUUUGGCUGUGGGUAGCAUAUCCCCCGGACUUCUCCAAGCAGCUAUUAGCAGCUUUUCAUCAGUUUUCCCUGAUUAUCAAGAGAGGAUUGCCAGACAUGAAGCAGCGCACUUUUUGAUUGCUUACCUGCUUGGCGUACCCAUUUUGGGCUAUUCGCUGGAUAUUGGGAAAGAGCAUGUCAAUCUCAUUGAUGAGAGGCUUGAAAAGCUUAUCUAUAGCGGUCAGCUUGAUGCUAAAGAACUAGACAAAUUGGCUGUUGUGUCAAUGGCUGGAUUGGCAGCAGAAGGCUUAACAUAUGACAAGGUGGUUGGUCAAUCUGCUGAUCUUUUCACUCUCCAGAGAUUUAUAAACAGAACCAAGCCACAACUCAGCAAAGAUCAGCAACAAAAUCUCACUAGAUGGGCCGUUUUGUUCGCUGCCUCGCUCUUGAAAAAUAACAAGGUGAUUCAUGAAGCCUUAAUGGCAUCAAUGGAAAAGAAAGCAAGCGUGCUGGAGUGCAUUCAAACAAUCGAAACUGCAGCAUAAUUCAGCAAUUAAACUGUUAUAAGCUAUGACAUACAAACUCUUAUACAAUUUUUAAUCUUUUUCUUGUUCAUAAAAAUGCACUAUUAUUGUUAUCAAAAAAAAAAUAAAAAAUG